AAAAAUGUCAACAUCACCGUGCACUGCACUAUGAAACCGACAAAUUUACCACUGAAACGUUGUUUUUCUGCAUGUACACACAUGAACACGCUUUAGUACUACGCUGUGGAAGUAAAACUUUAUGUUAGCCGUUACUUUUCUGGCUGUCACUGCGCAGGAUGGCUGCACCUCCCAGUGGCCAGUCCUCCCUUGUACACAGCUUGGCCAAACUCCUCCGAAAUGAUGGCGACUUGGUGCUGGACGGCAGCAGCACUCUGACGUUGCCGGCAUCCAGCUUGCAGCAGCUCACCAGGCUGUUUGAGCAGUACCUGCUGCCCAGGAGCCAGCAGCAUGGGUUCCUCGCACUGCCCUCCCACCCUGCCGACACCGCCUCCCUGCUACAGCUGCAGUUCCUGUUUGACGUCCUGCAGAAAACCAUCUCCCUCAAGCUCAUCAACCCACCAGGAGAAAGACUUCAGUCCGUGGUGAAAAUCUUCCCAUUCAAGUCUUUAAAGUGUUUGGAGCUGAAGCGAGUCCCUCCACACUGUCUUGAGGGACUUCGAGGAGUUUACUCCCAGCUGGAGGUCUUUACAUGUUCAAAGAGCCUCAGCUCCCUGGAGGAGUUGCUUUCUCUGUGUGGAGGCGACCUGAGCUCUGCGUUGCCUUGGCUGGAACUGCACACCCUCAACUUCAGCUACAACUCCAUUGUUUGCCUUGACCAGUCACUAAGUUUACUGAACGUCCUGAAGUUUUUAGAUUUAAGCCAUAACAAGAUUCAGGAGUGUGCUGAAUUUCUAAAGCCUUUGAGUGAACUGGAGCACUUGAACCUGGGCUACAACUGCCUGCAGAGGGCGCCAACGCUGGGCCUGAGCGCCAGGGCCAAACUCCUCACACUCAUCCUCAGGAACAACGAACUGGAGACGAUUAACGGUGUGGAGCAGUUGUCCUCGCUCCAGCACUUAGACCUGGCCUACAACCUCCUGCUGGAGCACUCCCAGCUGGCUCCUCUCUCCCUGCUGCACUGCCUCAGCACACUUAGUCUGGAGGGCAACCCGCUGUUCUUCCAGAAGACCCACCGCGCCUGCACCGUCCGACAUCUCUCCCCAAAAGCUGCAAACCUCAGACUCAAACUUGAUGGUAGCCCGCUGUCCUCCUCUGAGUUAUCAGUUCUGCCAAAACCAGGCCAGCUGAUCACCCAGGCACAGACUGCACCUCCUGUUGCCAUGCCACCAGAACGUAGUAACCAGGAAGUGUCCAGUGGUGCUGGGGAGCUGAGUGACAGCAUGUCAGUUGGGGAAGUGUCACACAUGCGGAGGAAGAAAUCCAGAAGUAAGGUGAAAGUGCGGAGAGCCAGCAUAUCAGAGCCCAGUGAUACUGAUUAUGAACCCAGGCUGCUUUCCUCCUCGCAGAGCAUUGUCCUUCCUCACCAGCAGGAGAUCGAACGCAUGUCCAGCUUCAGGGACCAGCUGGGUGAGGACUGGCUGAGGUACCAACAUCAUCUAGAUGGAGCUUCUCCCUCUGCCAUCACCACCGCUGUCGACACCACGCAGGCACCUUCUUAUGGUCAACCCCUCCCUAACGGCCUUGACACCACCACGUGUCCAUCAGCCAGCUCUGGGCAUCAGCUGUCUCCAUCGUCCCUGGAAGUCCCGGAGGUCCUCCCUGCCCUGCUGCUCUCAUCCGAGCCCACAUUGGAGACCUCUGUGGAUGCAGAGCCGGAAACAGAGUCGACCCUGCAGUGGCCCGGUCACAGCUCGCGGUCCACGCUGGAGGAGAGCACGGUCGAUGGCGUGGUGGUGAGUCAGGGCAGAGUGAGCUCACCUGGGCCGAGUCCAGAGUCCCAAAAGUCGGCUCGAGGGCGGAGCGGAGACACCAAGGAGGAGGAAGAGGACGAGGAUCUGGGAGUGGACCUGUGUCACCCCCUGCUUGUGGGUGUCUUGUCGGACAAAGAGGAAGAAGAUGGCGAGGUCCAGAGUGAGAGGAGGAACAGGAGAAGGGAAGUGUUCCUGUGCAUCAAACAGGGCCUGGUACUGGAGGUGGACAUGCAGCGCGGCCGGGAGAGAUGCCGUCUGGAGCUUGGCAGCCUGGCUCGGGUGGAGACCACAGAGGCCACCUGGACCCGAGGGGAGACUGAAGAGUUGCUUCCAGCUGUGGAGCUUCAGUUUGAUUACAUCAGCAGGGAGAAACAAAGCAGACGUUAUGUCCUGCUUGAUGAUGACCCGCAGCAGGCACUCCAGGCUCUGACCAACGUGCUGACUCACGUAGCGGAGGAAAACCAGCAGCGUGACUCUGAGCUCCGCCCCAGCUGCGUUCGCCUGCAGUGCCUUCGCUGCAGGUCAGAGUUCACGCUCAAGGGAGAGGGCAUCGAGGAGGAGGCGGGGGGGAGAGCGAGGAGGAGAGGGGCUGCGAUGCUGCAAGAAGGUGUGGAAGAACGGGAUGAGGAGGAGCUGAUCGAGUUUGGCGAUGACAGCAAAGGUAACAUUUGUCCAGAGUGUGGCAGCGAUCAUGUGGUCCAGCUGGCUGGCCAAUCAACCCCCCACUGCAGUACGCCCAUCCAGCGCUCAUCGAGGCCGGAGAGCGAAGAUGAUCAUCUCGAUAUAAACCAGAGCACUCGGAGUGCCACUAAGGAUGAUUACACAGACGCCAGCAUCAGCAGUAGUCCCAUCCUUGAAGCUGCCACCACCAACACAGACGACACCACCUUCAUUACUGCCCAGGGAAGCUCCUUCUUCAUCGGGGAUGUUCAAGGUGAUGAGACCUCCAGCCUCUCCUACAACAGCGAGUGCCAAAGUAAAGACGAGCUGGCUGGGAGCUACCGCUACACCACGACUGGUGUGACACCACCUGAAGUCACAUCCCAGCCUGCAGGAAGAUCCAGCCCGAAUGACGAUUUGGACCUUCUGUCUGAGGACUAUGAGGCAGUAGACCAUCGGCUGCAGCUCUUCCUGGAUGUGGAGAUCUUUGAGGAGGAAGAAGAGCUUCAUUCUUUCCUCAAGAUGUCAGCUGUCAAAUUUGGGGAACCAGGAGAAGUUCCCUCUCUGUUGGUGGUGUCAAACCUGCGAGCCUAUUUCUUGGAGAUGACAUCAGAAACCCACAGAGGCCAGCUCUCCGAUUGGCUGCAGAAGAAGGACAGCCACCCAAUCAUGGAGCUCAGCUACCUGGAGGUGGGACUGGGCUCUCAGAGCAUCCACAUGGAGUUUGGAGACGGAGGAGUGGCCUACACGCUACUUGUGAGGGACAGUUUACGCUGCAAACGCUUCUUUGGCCUCUUGACAGGAAUUGUGCGUGAGAUGGCCCACAAAUCCGACAGCAAGCUGAAGUCCAUCUCCACCACCAGACUCACCCCUCAGCACCACCUCUGGCCUUUGGUGUGUGACGACAUCCAGGCAGACGUGGAGGAUGGACAGCUGCAAUUUUUCUACAUUCUGGCUUUUGUGCUGCAAGAGGACAUCUGGAUGCCGUUGACAGUCCUGGCAACGAGGGAAACCCUGUACCUGCUCAGAGAGGAUCACCAGUGGAGGAAAACCUCAAACAGCCUGACAGUGAAUGAAAACAAAGAACCAAACAGCGGGAGCGUUACCAUUUUAGAAACACUGCCAAUCAGCUGCGUGAGCUCAGUGCACCUGUGGCCUUCAGAUGAGUGCAGGAUGGAUUUUAAGCUUUAUGAUGAGACGGUGAAACAGGAGAAGACGUGGUGUGUGCGCUCUGAGAGCACGGAGCUCCUCCAGGGUCUGCUGGCCUGGGUCAGAGCACAGUGGGAGGCCAUGUUCGGAGUAAAACUGCACACAAGCCUGCAAGACAAAGCAGCGUGAUUGGGGAGGGCAUGAAAAAAAAGUUUCAGACUUUGUGCUUCUGUGUGUUUUGUGAGCAUGAAUGUGUGUGUUCGUGCCGGGAAAUGUUUAGUGAGCGUGAGCAAGGUUGUCUUUAUUUUCUGUCUGCAGAGUCCGCACUCAGUCUGGUUCCAUUACGCUCGUUGCUUUCAUCGUCUUUUAAGCCAAGAACUUUGAAUUGAUUGCACUCAUUCAUGUGGCACACAAGACUGUGAAAGCAGUGGUUGCAUAAUUCUUUAUCCUCCAGAUACCAUCCGGCUUUUUCUACAGCUGAAAUGGAGUGUGCCUUGUUUCUUUUACAGCUGUUAUCCUGGUGAAAUGCACCUUAAUGCAUCUUCUUCAAUCACUGUAGCAUCAAGCUGAGGCAGAGCAGAUUUGGAGUUUUGGAACUGAAAGGGCAUUUUGUUGGGGUUUCGCAAGGAGCUGAGUUUAAAAUAUGUUCAUCCUCUGUCAUUAAGCUGGACGCCAUUGUGUUGUGAUAUCAUGCGCUCAGCACGAGGCUUGGGGUGCCUUUUAAAGGCCAAGGCUCAAGAUGGUGUCAUCAAGGGUCGCUUCACACCCCAGUGAGGGUCUUAUGAUGUGUCUCUGCACUGUUAUGUGAGCGGAAAAAGAUACCAGAAGUGCAAAUGUGCAGAAAUUUUGUGAACUUCUCAAAGACGAACAAUAGCAGAUCUUGUCUUUAUAACUGGGGAACAGAUGUGUUUUUUUUUAUUGUUACAUUAAUUUGCAACCUGGGUGUGUUUUUGUUUAGUUUCCAGUCAUCUGUUUUUCUCCGUCGUCAUUCGAUAAGUGCAGUGGAUUUAUAUUACUGAGUGUCUCAACUAAAUUCAUACGUUAAAGGGACGUUUCACCCCCAAAACCAAAAAUACAUACUUUAGCUGUGGUGAUGUGUGUGAUGUCUUGCUUCUCUCCACUAUAAUGGAACUAUAUGGCACUCCGCUUGUGGUGCUCAAAGCCCCAAAAAAUACAUUUGAAAAACUCAACAGCAAUGUUUCUUUCAAGAAAUUAUGACCCAGUUACUCAAGAUAAUCCACAGACCUUGUUUUGAGCAGUUUCAUGUAGGAACUAUUUCCUUUCUGCCGAACUACACCUACCAACGGUAUCACCGUGCAGAAGGAAACUUGUAACUCACGUGGCACCACUGAGCUUGCUAAAAUUACAGCACACAUCACAGCAGUGAUACGCUUCAUGGGUGUAGUUCACAAGAGAAAAAAUAGUUUCUUCAUGAAACUGCUCACAACAAGAUUUUUGGAAAGAAACGUUGUUGUUGCGUUUUUUUAAAUAUAUUUUUGGUGCUUUUAACCACGAGCCAAGUGCCAUCAAGUUCCAUUAUAUCAGAGCGAAAGCAGACAUCUUUACAGCCAAUAUCUCCAACACUCGGCAACUCACACCAAAACAAUCAAGACUGAUAAAAAAGCAGUAAAGGUAAGAGAGAAAAAAUGUAUUUUUGAUUUUGGGGUGAGCUAUCCCUUUAAUUUAGCACCUAUAUUAGUUCAAAAUAUAAUACAGAGCCUCUGCAGCUGUGCAUUAUGUGUGUAGCUGCUGCAAUGUGAACCUGCACAUAUUGUCAUGCGUAGGUGCGGUAAAGAUCAAAAUGAACUCAGCACUGUUAAUUUAGUGUAACCAAUAUAACUUAAUUUAUACCUUUGUUUUUUUCGUGGUGGGUUAAUGCAAAAAAAGUCUUUUAUUU